UUCAACUUUAGGUCACCCUGCGGUGUGCGCUGGCCCUGCAUUUAGCUGGUGUUAAAUUUGUAAUAUUGUUUUUUUGAAUAACGUAAAUAGUGCACAAUGGCAUCCAUACUACGCACGGGAAAACUGUUGCGUUACUUUGCCGGCUUCACACGCAAUGUCGUCGUCAAUUCGGUCCGCGACUGCGAGAGCAACAAUCUCCUCCAAUCCGCUCCCUGCAUGUGCGGACAAUUCCAGAAUGGCUUUGCUAGCAACGCAGCAGCCACCAAGGCUGAGCUAAGUCUCGACAGGCAGAUCAAGCGACUAGAUCAGGAUGCCCGUCGCAUGGGACGCAUCUCGCGUCGUGAUCUGGAGGAAGUGCUCGACGAGAUUCGCACACACCGCACGGCAACCAGUUCGCAGUCGCUGCUCGUGAUACGUUGCUGUGGCAAUCUGGUGCCCGAGGAGUUGCCCGAGGUGCGUACAGCUCUGGUCCAGGAGAUCUGGAAGACACUGAAUGCGCUCAAUGUGCCCAUGGACAUAUCACACUAUAAUGCACUAUUGCGUGUCUAUUUGGAGAACGAACAUCAAUUUACACCCACCGAUUUCCUGGCUGAAAUCGAGGCGAAAGGCAUCGAACCCAAUCGGGUGACUUAUCAGCGACUUAUAGCGCGUUAUUGCCAGCAGGGUGACAUCGAUGGCGCCACCAGAAUCCUGGAGUUUAUGCGUGGCAAGAGUUUGCCCGUAAAUGAGAAUGUUUUCAACUCGCUGAUUCUGGGACACUCGCAGGCCAACGAUCUCGAAUCGGCCAAGGGCAUUCUGGCCGUAAUGAAGCAGGCCGGCUUGGAGCCCAGUGCUGACACCUAUACGACGCUGUUGUGCGCCUUUGCGCGUCACGGCGACAUCGAUGCCUUGAACAGCACGCUGGCUGAAUGCGAGCCAAAGGAGAUCAUUUUGCUGGACAAGGAUUUGCUGGACAUUGUCUACACUUUGACCAUCAAUGGCCAUGGCCAGCAUGUCGAUGGUUUGUUGGCCAAGCUGCGCAUUUCACCCGGUUUCAAUCAGGAUGCUGUCAAUAUUAUAUUGCGACUUGUGAACAAGGGUCACGAGGAUGUGGCGCUAAAGCUGUUGCGUUUGAUGCCACGCGGCGUGCGAGUUAAUGGCGAGCCUGUCGAUGUGGGCGCCUUCUACAUUCGCCAGCUGGUCAAGGCCAAUCGACCCGUCGAGAGCAUUUUGAACAUUUGCCGCACACUCCAGGCGGAGGGUUUGAAUCCCAAGGCACUGACCAUUGCCACCGAGGCGGGUUUGACGCACGGAGCCAUGAACAAUGCGCUGCCACUGUUGCAGGAGAUGAAGAAUCUGGGUUUGCCCAUACGUCAGCAUUACUUCUGGCCACUCUUCUGUUCGGUCAACUCGAAUCAGGUGCUCGACAUUGUGCGGCGCAUGCAGCAAGAGUUCGCUGUGAAUCCCAACUCGGAAACCAUUCGGGAUUAUGUCAUACCGAAUCUGAAAGAGAAGAACUGGGAGCGUGUGGUGACUGUGCUGCGUGAUGCUGGCGUUCCCAACUCCACGGCUGUCACCUCUGCUGUCUAUGCGGCGUUGACCACACAUCAGAUUGCCGAUGCUGCCAAGAUCAUGGAGAAGAACCGUGCCUACUAUGUGCCCAUUCUGUUCCGUCAACCUUUGAUACUGGCGCUGAGCAAUACGAAUGAUUAUGCCGCCUUUGUACGCUGCAUUCGUCAGAUCCAUGAGGGUUUGCAGCUGCGUGCUGGCCGCGAAGCAACUGAGGAACCCGAACAGGCCAACGAUGUGGAGGCGCCUGCCACUGAACGUGCGGUGCCCGAUGUCGUGGGUGGCAUUGUCCACGAGGCUGCCAUUUACUUCCGUCGCGAAAGAGUUGCCAUGCUCGAAAAGACACUAAAGGGACUCGUCAAUCAGGGUCUGUCGAUUAGCAGCCACAAGGCGACGGCGCUAUCUGAGUUGCUUGGCGCCGAAAUGACGCCAACGAUUUCUGAGUUGCUGGGCAAGCUUAGCUCUGGCGAACUGGAGCCCGUCCCACUGCCCAGCCAAGGCAAACGGCCAUUGGAUACGCUCAGCAUUGAUGAGCUCGAGCGCUUCAUCAAAAAUGUGGAGGCCAAGGGCGAGAAUGCAAACAACAUCAAGCGACAGCUAAUUUCUGCCUGCUUCCGUUCGCACAACCUCGAAAAGACACUCGAAGUGAUUGAGCGCCUGGAUCAGGAGAAAUUCCAGAUACCCAUUGGCGUCUAUGCCCAACUGGUCGAUCUCUACACACAUCACAAACGCAGCUCCGAUGCUCUGGCUCAGUGCAGCAAAUUGCGUCAGGCGGAUGCCAACUUCAAGCUGGACAACCUGAAAACGGUGCGAUUGGCAGAGCUACUGCUGCAGGAGGAACGCGUCGAGGAGACCCUGGAGCUGCUCAAGAGCAAUGCCAAGGAAUCGGUGCACAACGAGUCCGAUGGUGGUAGCUUUAAUUAUGUGAGCACCGCGUGGCGCAUUCUUAAUUCGAUUGCGGAGUCGGGUAACGCAGACAAAUUGAAGCGUGUCUUUGAUGCGUUGGUGGAGAGCAACUAUGUGGUACCCACAAAUGUGCUGCUCGGUCCGCUGAUCAAGGUGCACAUGGUCAAGGAUGAUCUGCCGAGUGCCAUCAAUGCCUUCGAACAAAUCUGUCAGCAGUACAAGGCAACGCCCUGGAAGAAUGAGCUCGCUUGUCGCCUAAUACAAAAAGAAGACGCCGCCAACUUGCAGCGUCUGACCGACCUGAGCACAAGCAUUCACGGUGAGGUCAACAGUCUGUACGAUCUGGUCUUCUCCUUUGUGGAAUGCGGACGUGUGCGUCAGGCACGCAAGAUCUUGGAGACACCUGGACUGCGCACGCGUCCUCAGCGCAUCAAUUCCGCUUGCGAUCGUUAUAAGAACGAGGGCAUGUUGCAGCCUCUGGAGGGUUUGAUUGAGGCCACCAAGGAUCUGGGACACAUUGAUCGCAACAAGAUCUAUUACACGCUGCUGCUGAGCUACGACAAGGCGGAUGAGGCCGAAAAGGCGCUGGGAUUGUGGACCAAGAUGCAAGAGGAGGCUGUGGCACCCACCGACGCUUUUCUGCUGCGCUUAGCCGAGUUGCUUGAGCGCAAGAACAUCGAGGUGCCUUUUGUGGUGCCCGAGUCAGCGGCGCCCAAAACUAAACGCAGCAAACCUGCAGCUGCAGCUUCGACUAAGGUGGAGACCAAGACGGAGGAAAAAGUUGUACAGGCGCCCAAGGCGCCAUCGAAUUCGGCAAGCUUCCGUCGUGCCAUUCAGGCCAACGAUGUGGAUGCCGCCAUUGCGUGUCGCGAUCGCAUCAUCAGCGGCGAGAAGAUUGGUGUGCUGGACAUCUCACGUCUGAUUGAGCUGCUCGUGCGUUCCGAUCGCCUCGCAGAAGCCACCAAGUACGUGGAUGAACUGCUCGCCGAUAAGCAGCAUCCGCAGCCAAAGAUCUUCAAGUAUUACUUGAACAAAGUCGCUGCAGCCGGUGACUUGGCCACCUUGGAACGCAUUGGCCAGCAGCUAAACGAUGAACAGAAGCGUUUGAUUUCGUUUGACAAUCGCUAUUGUCAUGCCUACAUUGUGGCCGGUAAAGUGGAAGAGUUCCUCAAGCAGCUGACCACAAAUAUUGAGGCGGCCAAGACGCCUGAGGAAGCCGCCAAGCUGGCCGAGAAGUUUCCACGUGGCGGCGCUGUUGGCAUCCUGGACAAACAUCCCGAACUGGUGGCACAAUAUGAAGCUCUAGCGGAGAAAUAUGCCGCACUCAAUCAGCUGGGACCCAUGAAUGUGCUGUGGAUGCAUUUGAUAUCCAACGGCCAGGAAGUGGCCUCCAAACAGAUCUGGGACAAGCAUCUGUCCAAUGCACCACGCCUGAUGUUCCAGCGUGUGCUGCAAACGGCUCGCGAGCAACAGGACGAGAAACUCGCCUCCACCGUGAUUUCCCAGCUGAGGAGCAGCAAAAUCUCCGAGGGUGCCAUUGGCAAUGCUUACUCCUGUCUGCUGGACAUACAGACGACCAAGGGCAACACAGACAAGGCAUUGGAUGUCCUGGCAAAUGCCGUCAAGGAUGUUUCCCUGGAGCACAUCAAUCGCACAGCUUUGUUGCGUUUAAAACAAGCUGUUGAGGCGAAGUCACAAAAGUUCCCAUACACUGUGCCAGAGAAACGCACCAAGGCGGGCGAUUCCAGCUCCUCCUCGAGCGGCAGCAGCAGCAGCGACGAUGAUGUCAGUCCAAAGAAGCCAGAGACAGUGAAACAGAAACCUGAAAAUGCUUAAAAUUGCGCUCAACAAAAACGGUUGGGGACAAGUUUUUCUUUAGUUUAAUCUACUGUAAUUAUGCUACUUCUUACUUUAGUAUUUACUUUGCUGUUGUCAACUAAACUAAAAUAUAAUUAGUUGUUUUUAUUGCAA